CUCCUUAACCCAUAAGACUCAAUGUCUUUUUCCUCCAAGUCGCAAGGAAAAAAGCAAGAAGGUAGCCACAAUACGAAUAAAAGUCGCGGCAAUAUUACCAAUAAUAACAAGAAAUGGUCCAACACUAAUAACAACAACAACAACAAUAGUACGACGUCUAACCGUAACCACGCGUCAUCUCAUCAUGAAUUUGCACAAGAUCCUGUUACUGUCAAACUCAUGCACGAUCGAAUGCUCUUUUUACUCUCUAGUCUGACUGGGACACUUGUAGAAGCCACUGUCAAAGAUGGCACCAAAUUCAGAGGCAUCUUUCAUGGUGCAUCAACAGAAGGUGACCUGGGUAUUGCUCUUAAACUCGCUCAAAAGGUGCAUGACCCUAUGGACAAGACAACACCUGUCAAAAACACCUUUCUGAUCUUUUCCAAGGACUUGGUCGAGUUGAAUGCAGCAGACAUGGAUAUAAACACCCAGAGUCCUCAAGACAGAAACACAUUCAAGACAGACACAGAUAUCAGUGGAAAACUAGAUAUUAAAGAACGCGAGUUGCGUAAAUGGGCACCUUCAGUAGGAGACGAGACUAAUGCCUUGGGUCUCUUGGAAGACGAUACAGGUGGCUCAUGGGAUCAGUUUGCUGCUAAUGAGAAAUUGUUUGGACUCAAGACUGACUUUGAUGAGGAGAUCUAUACAACACCUUUAAAUCGUUCUGCUCCUGGUUUCAAGGAUCGUGAAAAGCGUGCUAUUCGAGUAGCCAAUGAAAUUCAAAAGUCUACUACAAACAACGUCCAUAUGCUAGAAGAGCGUGGUGUGGCUAUUGAUGACAGCGGUAUGGAUGAAGAAGACUUGUAUGGUGCUGUUGUACGUGACAUUAAUCCUAACAAAUAUGUUCCUCCUGCACUUCGAAAACAAUUGCAAAAGAAAGAAGCAUCUGAUUUACCCAAGGCAACUGGAUCCAACCCCUCUCCCAUUGCCCAUUUGCCUACCACACGCCGUGAAUCAGGCGAAAACCCGACAGCAUCAUCUCCACCUAAACGUAUUGAAGCAGAAAUUGCGACGACUUUCAGACACUUUGCUAUGAUGGAAAAAGACAAGUUACAUGCCAAAAAACAAGCACUUCAAAAGAAAGAGAAAGAUGGCCGAUUAGCAGAAUUAAAAGCAUUUCAUCAAUCCUUCAAAUUGAAUGUGCCUAUUCCUGCCGAUUUAGUGCCCUUGUUAUCUAAAGGUAAAAAGCCUGUUGAACCGACAGAUCCAGUCGAGAAAAAGAAAGAACCUGCCAAGAAACCAACCGCACCUCCUUCACCCAACACAACCACAGCCAGUUCAUUCAAAUUCAAUGUCAAGGCCUCUUCAUUUAAACCAAAUCCCACCGCUGCUGCUUUCGUGCCCAGUACAGUUACAGAAGAGAAAAAGAAACCCAAUGCUCAUUUGACAAUGACAGAAGCCUUUACACCUUGCUUUGUGGAUAAACCCACUGCAGUAGGACCCACAUGGCCAUUUGGACAUAAAUCAUAUCGUAUACAAUUCAGUCAAUUGGUCUAUGAAGAAGAUAUCUUUACAGGCUAUCCUUCGCCUAAUUAUACAUAUGCUUAUCCUCCUUAUCGUUAUCCACAAUAUGUGCCUGGUAUGCCUCAACCUUAUCCUCAGUUUGUUCAGAAUGUGCCUAUUUCAGCACCUAUGCCACCUAGUGGGGCACCACCCUCUGUAGCUUAUAGUCCACAAAUGACCAAUGUAUCUCCUCAUGGUUCUCCUUUCCCUCAAGGCUUCCCUUCUCCACAGAGAUCCCCUAUGGUGCCACAAGCAAUGCCACCACAAAUCUAUCAAUAUCAAGGUGGUCCUGUCAUGAUGCGUUAUCCUCCAGACAUGAUGCAAGCGAAUGGGGCACCCCCUGUUAUGAUGCAAAGACCGGUGAUGGUGGAAUCUGUACCUUAUUCACCUCAUCUCCAACAUGACUCACCAACCACUGACUCUGGUGGUGCAAAUACGCCACCCUCAUCAUAAUAAACAACA